AUGGACAGAAGACUUGAUGUCAACGCAGGCUUCAAGCUGCAAGCUCGAAACUUAGCAGAGUCCAUCGACGAUCUGCUCGACCGCGAAAAGGGGAUUACCAACGACCUGCUCCCCAUCCUGUGGCGCGUCAACCGCCUUGGUAACCCUAUGGCGGACGACCAGAGUUACAAGCGGGCGCGCGACGCAGUGUUCAAAGCAGUUUUCCGCAACUGCAAUACUAACAGGCAGGUCUACCUGCCCAACCCGACUCGAGAACGCCACCUCUCUGACACCACUGUCCACAAAAGGAAAAUUGAUGGUACUCCGACCAACAAGCGCAACAUCAAGCGUAUCGCUGGCGCGCGGGUCUUCGUGAAGGUUCUCGCUGGUUUCCCGAUCGCUCAGCUGACUCUUACGAUGGUGGAUGAGAAUGGGUCGGUCUUCCCCAACUCGAUUGUCGUGACCUACGUCCCCGACUACGACCUUCCCCGUCUUCGGACUGAGGCUACGAUGAAAUGUGACAAUGCCGGGUAA